UUCCGGCUCUGCGGAUUCAGUGCUCAUGUUUCUUUUUCCCUUGGCUCUUGCUGCCUUUUGUUACCCCCCUACAGUGACCCUGGAGGUAGCUCUACCAGCAGACAGCUUAAUUUGAUUUUCUGCUUUUCUUAGUACGCGGUGGGACCAUCGGCCUUUAACGAAAGUGCGGCUGCGAACGAGCGGGCGGGCGCGGGGCUCGGGGGAGGCGCGCUCCGGCUCACCGAGGCGACGAUUACGACGACCAGGCAAGUGGACGGAGGCAUCUCCUGAAAAAGCGGCGGAUCCCAUGCCCCGGGACGGCGGGCGGGCCCGGAGAGACAAGUCCGGGACCCGGGGCAUGUCCCCGGGGCCCCCGUGAGGAGGCGGCGGCGGCGGCGGCGAUGGAGAUCCCGCCGCAGGAGGCGCCGCCCGGGCAGGGCGCGGACGGCGAUGCCGAGGAGGCCCCCGCCGAGGCCCAGGCUCCCACUCCCGCAUCGCCCCCGGCCGACGGGCGCCUCAAGGCUGCGGCCAAGCGCGUCACGUUCCCCUCGGACGAGGAUAUCGUGUCUGGAGCAGUGGAGCCCAAAGACCCUUGGAGACACGGGCGCGACCCAACAGCCAGAACCUGGAACAGCGCCUGUGUCUCACUGCCCGGGGAGCAGUGCUGUGCCUCCGGACAGGGCUCCACGGUGCGGCCACGGGCCCAGACCCGGACUCCUCGCGCCUGCUGCGGAAGCCUCAGAGGCCACAUGCUGCUCAUCUCCACUUUCACCCAGAACGUGACCGUGGACGAGGUCAUCGGCGCCUACAAGCAGGCCUGCCAGAAGCUGAACUGCAGGCAGAUCCCCAAGCUCCUCAGGCAGCUCCAGGAGUUCACGGACCUCGGGCACCGUAUCGACUGCCUGGACCUAAAAGGUGAAAAGCUGGACUACAGGGCCUGCGAGGCCCUGGAAGAGGUCUUCAAGCGCCUGCAGUUCAAGGUCGUGGAUCUGGAACAGACGAACCUGGACGAAGAUGUGAGCAGCCUCCGCCACUGCCCUUAUCUGCUUCCUGAGCUCCCGGGCUCCUUAGAGGGCGCCUCAGCCCUCUUCGACAUGAUCGAGUACUACGAGUCGGCCACCCACCUCAACAUCUCCUUCAACAAGCACAUUGGCACCCGGGGCUGGCAGGCUGCGGCCCACAUGAUGCGCAAGACCAGCUGCCUGCAGUACCUGGACGCCCGCAACACGCCCCUGCUGGACCACUCGGCGCCCUUUGUGGCCCGCGCCCUGCGCAUCCGCAGCAGCCUGGCGGUGCUGCACCUGGAGAAUGCCAGCCUGUCGGGGCGGCCCCUCAUGCUGCUCGCCACGGCCCUGAAGAUGAACAUGAACCUUCGGGAGCUGUACCUGGCCGACAACAAGCUCAAUGGCCUGCAGGACUCGGCCCAGCUGGGCAACCUGCUCAAGUUCAACUGUUCCCUGCAGAUCCUGGACCUCCGGAACAACCAUGUGUUGGACUCAGGUCUGGCCUACAUCUGCGAGGGCCUCAAGGAGCAGAAGAAGGGGCUGGUGACCUUGGUGCUGUGGAACAACCAGCUCACGCACACGGGCAUGGCCUUCCUGGGCAUGACGCUGCCGCACACACAGAGCCUGGAGACGCUGAACCUGGGCCACAACCCCAUCGGCAACGAGGGCGUGCGCAACCUCAAGAACGGUCUCAUCGGCAACCGCAGCGUGCUGCGCCUCGGCCUGGCCUCCACCAAGCUCACCUGCGAGGGCGCGGUGGCAGUGGCGGAGUUCAUCGCCGAGAGCCCCCGCCUCCUGAGACUGGACCUCCGGGAGAACGAGAUCAAGACGGGCGGGCUCAUGGCGCUGUCGUUGGCCCUCAAGGUGAACCACUCCCUGCUGCGCCUGGACCUGGACCGCGAGCCCAAGAAGGAGGCGGUGAAGAGCUUCAUCGAGACGCAGAAGGCGCUGCUCGCGGAGAUCCAGAACGGCUGCAAGCGCAACUUCGUGCUGGCCCGGGAGCAGGAGGAGCAGGAGCAGCGGCUGCAGCUGUCGGCCUCCAUGCCGGAGAUCACGGUCACCGGGCCCCAGCCCGACGUGGAGCCCGGCGACGAGCCCGGGGAUGAGCCCGCCGCCGCCGAGGCGCAGGAGAACGGGGCUCCGGCCCCGGGGCCUGGCCUGGACUCCGACUCCGACUCCGACUCCGAGGGGGACGAUGGGGAGGAGGAGGAGGAUGGGGAGAGGGCUGUGGCCCCCCACCCAGCUCUGGGGCCCCCCACGGACUCCCUGGGCCCUGGGGACCCGAGCCCCCCAGGCAGCCCUUCCCCCCCUGCUGAGCAGCGCAUCUCCGUGUCCAGCCCAGGCCGGGGCCACAAAGUGUUCGUGGUGACUCGGGUGGAGAGCCCCCCCGAGAGGGCAGAGCCCCCCGUGCCGGCCUCUCCUGUUUGCCCUCCCCCCCCACCAGCCUCAUCCUCCCCUCCCGCCUCCCCCGCCCUAUCGCCAGCUGAGGCCAUCAGCGCUCGGGACGCAGGGUCAUCUGAGCCUCAGCCACAGCCAGAGCUGCCUCAGGCUGGGCCACCGCUGCCCAAUGGCCUGAAGCCGGAGUUCGCCCUCGCACUGCCCCCAGAGCCACCCCCGGGGCCCGAGGCCAAGGCGGGCAGCUGUGGCCUGGAGCACGAGCUGAGCUGCUCCAAGAAUGAGAAGGAGCUGGAGGAGCUGCUCCUGGAAGCCAGUCAGGAACCUGGGCAGGAGACACUGUGACACUUUAGUUCCUUUUUUUCCCGUCGGUCUUCAACUGAACCGAGGCCAGAGCCAUGAGAAUCUGCUCACCCUCACCCCCAGCCUUCCUGAAGCUGGGGACGCCAGGGGUGGGGGCCCUUCUGGGGACCCCCGCCCCCCACAGCUACACUACACGGAGCAGGAGCUCCAGGGAGCGGCCCUCCCCAGCCUGACUUGAGCACUUGUAUUUGUGUGUCCAGACCCGACUCUGGGCCCAGAGUGGAUGGGAGGGGGAGGAGUCUCCCAGGCCGCCAGCCCCAAAGCCCUGGCUUUCCUGGAGGGGCGCACCAGGCCGGCUCACCCUGUGGAGCCCUUGCUGGUGGUGUGGCGCCCCCGCCCCCAGACCCCGGGCACAGACAGGGCAGAAGGCGUGGCGUGGGAGGGGCGGUGCGUGGCGGUGGUGGUGGUUGAACUUGGUGGAGCGGCCCCAGACAGGGCGAGGGCCAGGUGCGGGUGGGGGAUGGGAGCAGAGAAUCAGAGCUUUCUUCUUCUUAAGUGCAAUAAAUCUAUCAGGGAGCUGCGUGGGGAGCAGCCAGGGUUCUGGAGACCCUGCUGUCCAGGCCACUGGAAGCUGCCCCCUGAGAGGCACUACAGCCCGGGGAGGUGGGGGCAGGGGC